UCUUUUCUGGAAAGGAAUCUGAGAGACUCUGCCGAGAUUUUCGGUGGAAGUUGCAGAGCUGUGCCGUGCUUUUUCCCCCCCUAAAUCUCUUCUCGUAACGUAUCGUUUUUGCCGAAUGAAGCGGAGUGUCUUUGAUCAGUUACCGAGCUGUUCAAUCCCUCCUUACCAAUGGGUGAACAUGCCUCGACGGAAGUGGAGUCUCUGUUCGAAGACCUGGUGGGCUCCAACGAUGAUGUGCGCGUGACGGAGGUCAAGAACAUACUCCACGAGCUUCUGAACAACACUCGAGAUGCUUGGGUUAUGAAUGGUCUGGUGGACUUCUGCUUCGCAACCAAGUCUUCACGAUGCAUGGACCUUAUCUGUGAUGUAGGGGAACCUCACGACAAACAUCUCUUCGAUAACCGAGUUUCAUCUUUGGUAACUUUCUACAAGCCGGAAGCACCAGAGGGUUACCCUCUUUUCCUGCGAUUUGCAUUGUAUAGACUUUUCCAAAGGCUUUACGGAAUGUAUCCCUGUCAGUUCCUUUCGUUCUUGAGACGCUUCUUUGGUUCCUCCGGCUCUCGGAUGCAAAUUUUCACGCAAACCAUUCUGCCAUUCAUCGAGCGUGCGAAGUUGCACCCGCUCUUGUUCAUUUCCGGGAAAGAAUCUGAAACAGCCAAGGAUCGUUGGAUGAAAAUGGAGAAGCAUGAUAUCAUUGUGGAAUGCGAAAAGGUUUGGCUAGAUUCACCCGAUUCGUGGUCCUGUGCCGAAAUAGAUGCACCCUCUUCCUGCAACGUUGCUUUCAUGCCAUUCGCGAAACAUCUGCUGCAUCAACGCAAAGGUGAAGCCUCGUUGGGACCGGCCCAAACCUCUUUGGCAUGGACACCUUCUCGAUCCUUGAUAAAUUCCCCACCACCAUCCGUAUCGAACGAUUUCUUUCAAAUGGCCAGUAGCACAGCUCGAGGAUCUCUGUCAGUGCCACCAACGCCCCUGCCUGAGGGUAAUGGCCGUUGGUCGGUGCCAGUGAGUGCACCAGUAACCCCGCGUGCGAUGGAUUCUCCACCAGAGGCCGCGAUUGAGGCCACCCCGGAAAACACCCCUGUGACCACCCCAAAUCAGGAGCUUGAGCGCGCAGCGGAGAGGGAUAGAGCGUCGAAGCCAAAGAUAACCGCGAUUGGACGUCUCGGAUUCCAGAAGCCGCCGAGUAUGCAAGCAUUCAACCAGCCGAGGGUGUCUGCUUCUUCACCACCUGCAGACCUUCGCACACCCUUGUACAACGAACGGUUAGCCAAGGUGGCCGCCGAGCGACUGCCUCAAAAACCCGAGGAUACCAGACGGAUGACCAGUCCCGUCAAGUUUUACGAGUCCUCUGGUGGGGCUGUUGGUGGCAGUGGCGGCUUGCCACGUCCUGUUCCAGUGAAGAAACGACCACAGCAGGCUCCGACUAUGGAAGAGUUGCAGUUGGCGAAGUCUUCGUCCGAAUUGGCGUCACCAGCUUAUUCCGCCAGUGACGAGGACGCUGAAGUGUCAAACAUCAUCAGUAACAGGAAGAUCGGACAAUUGUCUCGUAGUUCGUCUGGCGUUGGAAGAACGCGUAGAGUAUCGUCGCGGGAUGGAGCGAAACAAGAGGUUGCGUACCAGCCGUUGGCGCAUUCAUCAUCCACUACGUCCGUUUCUUCUCAAAAUUCGAGAAGCGACAGUGUGAUUCAUGAUCCGAUGGAGGAUGUUGCCUCAACAACUUUAAUGGACGUAGAGGCGCGACGUGAUGACGAGCUGUUGCGAAGGCGGCCCGAAGCUGGCCCAGUACCUGUCCAGAUGUUUCCGAUACCUCCUGGCAUGCUGGAUGGUCUGGUGCAGGAGGUGCAUCGGUUCAGGUUCCAUUCACAGUGUGAAACGGGAAGCUGCGGUUCUUCUCUGAGGGACUCGUCGCUUAUGCGUGCCUUUGGUGCUAGAUAUGGUUCGAGAAUUACACGCGAAGAAAAGGAGAGCAGUGAAGAAGACGGCAGAAGCAGUCGUGGAUCCAAUCGACGAAGGAGGAAAUCUAAUCCCGACACCAAGCGUGAGAAACGUUCCGUCAAAGUCGACUUGACAUCAUUUAGUGAUGGCAAUUACAUCGUGACUGGGACUGUAAAACGUCGCAAAAAGAAGCGCAAGACCUCGUCGUCAACUCAAAUGGCAUUGCCGCUUUCAUCCGAAGUUCUCGAAGGAAAAGAAGAAACAGCUGGGGAGGAAGGAGACGACGAAGAAGAGGAAGAAGGCAGGAAGUACGAUUUAGCUACACGACACUCGUCAGGAACGCAAACCAUCGACAUGACCGCGUUCGACGCAGCCGUCUCUCAGAUAUUCUCUUUGGGCGUAUGGCCGUGCUUGCGAUGUGCAUCUCGUUCUGAAGAAAUGCGGGUCCGCUCACCUUUUGACAACAUUGACGCCUAUCUCACGACUUUUCUGGAAUGCAAUCGCAGCGAUCGGACUUGUCUGGAGAAGGAACUUGCUGUUCUGCGUCUUCUUUUUGUUUACGAGCGUUAUGCCCGUGAUGCUUAUGCGGAACGUAGCCGUCGUCUUCUCGGUCGCGCGAAGCAAGCACAUCUCCUUCAAGAACAAAACGCAGCUCUGCAAGACCAGUUCGCAGUGUGUGAAAGUUUGAAUCAGCAGCUCAAAGCAGAAAAUGCCCUGUUACGAGAAUCUUCCGUUCAAGGAGCGGAUAGGCUGACUGUGGCCAAGUUUGAGAAGUUGAUAGCAGAAGCAAAUAAGACUUCCGAAAAGCUCACAGAGGAGAAUCAAAAGACGAGGCAGGAACUGAGCGAUGCCAUUGAGGCCAGAGCAAGGGCUGAUCGAGAACUGGGACAAGCCAAACGGGAGCUUUGGAGGAGCGAGCAGCAAGUUGAACAGCUCAAAGCAGUUGCCAGCAAAUCAUCGGAAUUGCAAGCGAAAGCGGAAGAGCUUGAAAAAGAAUUGUGCAAGCAAUCGGAAAACACGGAAAAUGUGAGAACUCAGGUGGAAGCCGUCCUGAAGCGUAGCGGUUCUGUAAUACGACGUUCCGGUAGCAUCGGUGGUCGAUCAUCAAUGGCAGAGUUUAUGAAAAACCGGAAGGUCCAGAUAGAGUCUGACACUAACUCGCUGGAAGCGUCGAGAGCUCGGAUCGCCGAUUUAGAAAUGCGGUUGCAUGAAAAGGCCGUCGUUAUUGAGGAUCUAAAGGCUGUUGUGAAGUCAAGGGAGGAGGAAUACAACGAAAAAACGAUGGCCCUCGAGGAAAAGUACAAAAAUUCCAAGGCAGUUAUAUGCACCCACGAAACCCAGCUGCUGUCCUAUGCGGCGCGGGUUGAAAAUCUACAGAGGAAACUUCAAACUAGCCUGAGACGCAAAACGGCGAGUGCAGACAGUUUGGAUGGUGGGCGUAUCAUGGGCAGUGAAGAUGGACACUGUCACGACGUCGGAAUCCCUAUCGUGGGGGCUGCGUGCUCUCGAACUCCGCAACAUUCUUCUUCCUGGGGUGGCUCGCGAUCAGUGGGAACAGUUCCACUGAUGCACCACCAGCUCAGGCCUUCUCUGAGUCCUGGUCCUGGUGGGUUGUACGAUUUGGAGCAGUCACUCUUCGCAUCGUCUCCUCCCACUGUGUCGACGUGCUCCUCUGCUGCGUUUUAG